AUUCUAGUGAUCUAACCCACGGAAAUACAAGAGGAGAAAGUGAGAAGAGAGGAGAGCCUAUGGAUCAGCAACAGAAAAGAAGAAGGGGAAAAACAAGCCUUGUACAAACCCUGAGCAUAACUGGCCAGGUUUAUUGCUCAGAGAGACAGUACCUUUAGCUGAGUCCAGCAUAUGGCCAACAGGAGCUAUGUCAGCAGCUGAGAACACAGCAAGUCCUGAAGCAAACUGGAUUAGGAAGCCAUUGUAUGGAUUGUUUCAAUAUAAUUCCAGUAUGAUCGGACUAGAAUCAUUAGCCGAUCCCUCAGAUACCUGGGAAAUUAUAGAGACUAUUGGGAAAGGCACUUACGGUAAAGUCUACAAGGUUGCCAAUAAGAAAGAUGGGAGUUUGGCAGCAGUAAAGAUUCUGGAUCCUAUCAGUGAUGUAGAUGAAGAAAUUGAAGCAGAAUAUAAUAUUUUGCAGUUUCUUCCCAAUCAUCCUAAUGUUGUUAGAUUUUAUGGCAUGUUUUACAAAGCAGAUCAAUAUGUGGGAGGACAGCUCUGGCUAGUACUUGAGCUGUGCAAUGGAGGUUCUGUCACAGAGCUUGUCAAAGGCCUGCUGAAGUGUGGCCAACAGUUGGAUGAAGCUAUAAUCUCAUACAUCUUAUAUGGUGCUCUCUUGGGCCUUCAGCAUUUACACAAUAACCGGAUCAUUCAUCGUGAUGUGAAAGGGAACAACAUUCUCCUGACAACAGAAGGUGGAGUCAAGCUCGUUGACUUUGGUGUUUCAGCCCAGCUCACCAGCACACGGCUGCGUAGAAACACAUCAGUGGGAACACCCUUUUGGAUGGCACCUGAGGUCAUUGCUUGUGAACAACAGUAUGACUACUCAUAUGAUGCUCGAUGUGACGUAUGGUCCUUGGGAAUAACAGCUAUUGAACUGGGGGAUGGAGACCCUCCUUUAUUUGACAUGCAUCCGGUGAAAACCCUUUUUAAAAUUCCAAGAAAUCCUCCUCCUACUUUGCUACAUCCUGAAAAAUGGUGCAGAGGAUUCAACCAUUUCAUUUCACAGUGCCUUAUAAAGGAUUUUGAAAAGCGUCCUUCAGUCACCCAUCUUUUGGAGCAUCCGUUUAUUAAACAAGUACAUGGUAAAGAUAUGUCUCUGCAAAAACAGCUGGCUGAGCUCAUCCAAGAACAGCAGCAGAUAGGCUCCACAGCCAAAACAAGGCAUGAACGAAUCCAUACUAGAAGACCUUACCAUGUGGAUGGAGCUGACAAGUACUCUCUAGAUGAUGACCUGGUAAAUCUAGAAGUUCUAGAUGAGGAUACAAUUAUCCAUCAGUUGCAGAAACGCUAUGCUGACUUACAAAUUUAUACUUAUGUUGGAGACAUUUUAAUAGCCUUAAACCCCUUCCAGAAUCUCAGCAUUUAUUCUCCCCAGUUCUCCAAGCUUUACCAUGGUGUGAAGCGUUCAUCAAAUCCCCCCCACAUAUUUGCCUCUGCUGAUGCUGCCUACCAAAGUAUGGUUACGUUCAGCAAAGAUCAGUGUAUUAUCAUCAGUGGGGAAAGUGGUGCUGGAAAGACAGAAAGUGCCCAUCUGAUCGUCCAACAUUUGACCUUCUUGGGAAAGGCCAAUAACCGUGCUUUACGUGAGAAAAUUCUUCAAGUGAAUCCUCUGGUUGAAGCAUUUGGUAAUGCCUGCACUGCCAUCAAUGACAACUCCAGUCGAUUUGGAAAGUAUCUGGAAAUGAUGUUUACGCCCACGGGAGCUGUAAUGGGGGCAAAGAUUUCUGAAUAUCUACUUGAAAAAUCAAGGGUCAUAAAACAGGCUGUGGGAGAGAAAAAUUUCCAUAUAUUUUAUUAUAUUUAUGCUGGCCUUUAUCAUCAGAAGAAACUUUCUGAAUAUAGACUUCCUGAUAAAAAGCCUCCUAGAUAUAUUGAUAAUGAAACUGGAAGAGUAAUGCAUGAUAUUGUCACUAAAGAUUCCUAUGGAAGACAAUUUGAAGCGAUUCAGCAUUGCUUUAGAAUUAUAGGAUUCACUGACGAGGAAGUGUACUCAGUGUACAGAAUUCUGACUGGAAUCUUAAAUACUGGAAAUAUUGAGUUUGCUGCCAUUUCUUCACAACACCAAACAGAUAAAAGUGAGGUUCCCAACCCAGAAGCCUUAGAUAAUGCUGCUGCACUGCUAAGUAUUGGGUCAGAAGAGCUUCAGGAGGCCCUAACCUCCCACUGUGUUGUAACACGAGGGGAGACUAUUAUCCGAACAAACACCGUGGACAAAGCAGCUGACGUGCGAGAUGCCAUGUCUAAAGCACUUUAUGGCCGGCUCUUCAGCUGGAUCGUAAAUCGUAUUAAUACGCUGCUUCAGCCAGAUAAAAAUAUAUGCAAUGCUGAAAACAGGAUGAAUGUUGGGAUACUAGACAUAUUCGGAUUUGAGAACUUUGCAAGAAAUUCCUUUGAACAACUGUGCAUAAAUAUUGCUAAUGAACAGAUCCAGUUUUAUUUCAAUCAACAUAUCUUUGCACUUGAGCAGAUGGAAUAUCAGAGUGAGGGAAUUGAUGCUACCACAGUGGACUAUGAGGACAACCGUCCACUUCUAGAUAUGUUCCUCCAGAAACCCAUGGGUCUCCUGUCUCUACUAGAUGAAGAAAGUCGAUUUCCUCAGGCAACAGACCUAACUUUAGUUGAUAAAUUUGAAGAUAACUUGCGAUGCAAAUACUUUUGGAGACCAAAAGGAGUAGAACUCUCAUUUGGUAUUCAGCACUAUGCUGGAAAGGUAUUGUAUGAUGCCUCUGCAUUCCUUGAGAAGAACAGAGACACUCUUCCUGCUGACGUAGUGGUGGUGUUGCGAACAUCAGAGAACAAACUUCUUCAGCAGCUGUUCUCUAGCCCAUUAACAAAAACAGGUAACUUGGCGCAGGCAAGAGCCAGAGUGACAGCAGCAUCUAGGUCUUUGCCUCCACAGCUUAGUGCUGGGCGCAUCAAGGUUGACACGAUGGAGGUUAUGCGACACCCUGAGGAAACAACUAACAUGAAGCGGCAAACUAUGGCUUCCUAUUUUAGGUAUUCCCUCAUGGAUCUUUUAUCCAAAAUGGUUGUUGGACAGCCUCACUUUAUCCGCUGCAUUAAACCUAACGAUGAUCGAGAAGCACUGACAUUUUCUCAUGAGAGAGUUCUACUACAGCUACGAUACACUGGAAUUCUGGAAACUGUCAAAAUACGUCAAAAAGGGUAUUCUCAUCGCAUCCUCUUUGAAGAGUUUGUGAAAAGGUAUUAUUACCUUGCAUUCAAGGCACAUGAGACUCCCCUUGGUAGCAGAGAAAACUGUCUUGCCAUUUUGGAGAAAUCUAAACUAGACAACUGGAUUCUUGGGAAAACCAAGUGCACAAAGGAAAACAAGGAGAAUUUUCCUGCUCAAGACCCAGAUGAAGUAUAUGUUUUUCUAAAGUAUUACCAUAUAGAGCAGUUAAAUUUGUUCCUGCGAGAAGUUAUAGGGAGAGUGGUGGUCAUGCAAGCCUAUAUCAAGGGAUGGCUUGGAGCAAGGAGGUACAAGAAAGUCAAAGAGAAAAGAGAAAAUAGUGCUGUUACCAUACAGUCAGCCUGGAGAGGAUAUGAAGCUCGCAGGAAGUACAAGGAAAUAAGGAACAGAAGAACUGAUGCAGCUAUACAUAUUCAAGCAGCUUUCAGGGGAUAUAUUGUUCGUAAAAACUGCACAAGAUUGAAAAACAGCACUGGCUUUGUAGCAGAUCCCCAGCUUACGAGCAGCUGCUCUGCUUCUGAUUUUGACUGUGAAGAGCACUGGCAGCAAACCAGUAACCAGUCUUCUCCUGUGGUGCCUGAUUUUCUUGACAAACAAACAAAAAAGCAUUCUUUAUUCCAGAAGGAUUUGGAUGAGAUUUCUGCUUCUCCAUUUAUUCAAAAACACUCAUUUGAAAUGAAUGAUUCACAAUCAAUUAGCCAAUCCCAGUCAGUUGCAGAUCAUCAAUUAUCAAGUCCCUUGAGAUCCCACAAAAAAGGAGGUUCAGAAAACUGUCUUGAACAGAAGCUGAGAACACCUCGUCGACGAUGUCAGCAGCCCAAAAUGCUGAAUAGCCCUGAGGACAACAUGUACUAUAACCAGUUAAAUGGAACUCUAGAAUAUCAAGGGAGCAAGAGGAAGCCAAGAAAACUUGGCCAAAUCAAAGUGCUGGAUGGAGAGGAUGAGUAUUACAAAUCAUUGUCAGCUGUUGAAUCUAUCCCUGAAGAUGACAGCUUUCUCAGUUCCCCAUCUCCUCCUUCUUCAAGAGGUUUACCCUGACCUGUGCUAACACACCUUCUUCCUUGUGGAGGUGCAGUUCACACCUGUUCCUUAAGCUACAGAAUUUCUUACUAUCAAGGUUCACCAGCACCGUCUUUUUGACUACGGGACAAGGAACAAUGGCAUGGGAAAUGAGAUCCAAGUGCAGUCAGGGCAUCCUUAAGCCAGAAUAGGAUUUGAAAGGAGAAAAGGUAAUGAAAUAGAUAGUUCAGCAAAAGGCUUGUCUCUUCUAAUAAAUACAGAAAUUAAGUCAGGCAGGGCAGAUGAGGAUGAGAGAAGGAUUCCGCUGUUCCAGGAAGAACAAUCCUUCACUCAUUCUUCACCCAAAAUGUGACAGAAGGUUGAAACUAAACAUUAAAUUCCUGCCAGAGAUUGAAGUCCUUCAGUUCACUCGUCAUUCUCCUCUGCUCUACAUCUGGGCGUGGACUUCAGAGUCUUUAAAAUUUAGGAGCUCCUUUAACAACAGCGAAUUGACGAGUAGCUGCAGAUGAAGUAAUGAUAUUAGAAAAUGCAGUGCAAACAUGAAUGCAAUGGAUAUGAAUGCAUGUGUGCAGAUCAGUUUCUCUACAUUUUGUCAAAGUGUAACAAGAAUAAGUAUUUGUUAUGGUACCUCAUAAAAAAUAACGUAUAACUUUUUUUUUUCUAUGCAAUGUAUAAAUUCUCCAUUAAUUUGUAACAUAUAUCUGGAUUGAAAAUAACAUUAUUUUAAAAGAGUCAAAUUACUUACUCUAUUCUUAUAUUGGUAUA